GCAGUACCUUGUAACAAGUAGUAUAGGUGCGUGUGUGCCAUGGCGAACGGCGACACCUUCCCUUCGAGCACUGUCAGGGACACUUUCCCAGCUGAGGAUUUCCCGUGGGGAUGAGGGUCCUCGUGGUGGAGGAUGACCCCAGGAGCCUCCAGGACUCGACGCAAAUUCUCGAGAGCUGUGGCUACAAAGUGACGGCGAUUGCGUCGCCGAUAGAAGCACUGAGAGAGGUGGAGAAUGAUCGAAAAGGUGUCGACAUUGACAUCAUCAUGACAGUCGUGCAUGUCGGCGACAAAGGGGCAGGAUUUCAUGGCUUCGACCUCCUCGAGCGCGUCCGGGAUCGUUAUCUGGUCAUCAUCUUCUCUACUGAUUAUAGCAAGAAGAUGGUGAUGAGGACAAUCAACGAUGGUGCUUGCUGCUUCAUCGCAAAGCCUCUGUGCUACCAGGAGAUGAGAAAUAUCUGGUUCCAUGUCAUGUAGAGGGGAAUGGAAGUGGACGGCGCAGACGAGGGGGGCUCCGACGACAACCAGCAGGGCUUCAAUGAAACACAAGGGCACUUCAAGGGGCACCUUUGCUAACCUAGGAGUGCGCCAAGGGACCCGUCCAGCCGUCACCAUAUGUCAGGUCAUGGAGAAGAUUUUUUCCUUUGCGUUGCACAUCUAUGCUUUUUUGAACUGGGCUCCACGAGAAACACAUUUCUGUUUAUUGCGGAAGCACAUAUCUGCUUCUACGGUAAGCACAGUUGUGCUUCUGCCAUAAGGACCACGAGAAAGGUUACAACAAUAUAUGGAGUUUUAAUACAUUAUAUGAAAUAUUAAUACAAUAUAUUUAGUUUCAAUGCACUUCACUAAUUAAGCAAUUGGCAGUUGUGCGAUUGGAAUCAUGUACCUUUAAUAUACUCUAUUAAUUGGAAAGGUCACUACUACAUUAUAUGUAGUUCAAUACGUUGCAUAUAGUUUUAGUGCACUGCAUUAAUUAAAAAAUAUAUGGCAAAUCUUAGUGCAUUACUCCAAUCUCUUUCUUGAAGAGAAAAGAGGCUUUGGACUAUAUAUAUAUGGGUUGUAUCUUUGGAUCUUUUCCACACUCUUUCUAUCACCAGCAGUACCUUGUGACAAGCAGUAGGUGCGUGUGUGCCAUGGAGAACGGCGACACCUUCCCUUCGAGCACUGUCAGGGACACUUUCCCAGCUGAGGAUUUCCCCAUGGGGAUGAGGGUCCUCGUGGUGGAGGAUGACCCCAGGAGCCUCCAGGACUCGACGCAAAUUCUCGAGAGUUGUGGCUACAAAGUGACGGCGAUGGCGUCGCCGAUAGAAGCACUGAGCGAGGUGGAGAAUGAUCGAAAAGGUGUCGACUUUGACAUCAUCAUGACAGUCGUGCACGCCGGCGACAAAGGGGCGGGAUUUGAUGGCUUCGACCUCCUCGAGCGCGUCCGGGAUCGUUACCCGGUCAUCAUCUUCUCUACCGAUUAUAGCAAGAAGAUGGUGAUGAGGACAAUUAACGAAGGUGCUUGCUGCUUCAUCGCAAAGCCUCUGUGCUACCAGGAGAUGAGAAAUAUCUGGUUCCAUGUCAUGCAGAGGGGAAUGCAAGUGGACGGCCCAGACGAGGGGGGCUCCAACGACAACCAGCGGGGCUUCAAUGAAACACAAGGACCUAGAAACAACGAGAAUCCUCCAGAGAUCAAAUAGCUUAGGCGACCUCUACAACUUCUGCUUGAUGAAUAAAAGUUGCGCCAGAGCUUGUUGUACAACUAGCUUCGGCGAUUUGGGGCAACGGAGUCUUGGGGAUCAACUGGGCCGAGCUUCCUUUUUCUAUAAUAGCUACAAAUUUUCUUCCAUCAUGUAAUAGAACAAUUCUGCAAUCUCCUAUUUGUGAUUCUUGCUAAAUUGGACAACAAGAAUGCUUGCCUUUUUAUCCAUCCCAUUAUUUUACUACCGCUCGUUCCAAAUAAUACACCCUCAUUUGUGGACUUCUCCUAUUUUAGUUUUUCGAGUUAUAAAUGUUAUGUCAUUA